AUCAUGUGAGUCUCCAUAUUUUUAUGGGUUUUGACAUUUACCCACAGGCAGUGGUCGAUAUUUAUUAAUUUCCCUUUUUAUAAAUUGUGGAAAAACCGUCGAAAUGUCUUGCAAAUUCUGUGGCCCUAAGCUUUCGCUAGUCGGAGUCGUCCUUAGUGUGUGGGGAAUUAUACAACUGACUUUAAUGGGCGUCUUUUACGCUAUUAAAUCAGUAGCUCUCCUUGAAGACCUCCCACUUGGUGGCUCUCAUAAGGACAUCAGUGAAUUUAUAGGAGAAGUUGAAACUGGAUACACACAGAAUUCGCACAACUGCUGGAUUGCUGCCUUACUGUAUGUGAUCACAUUGGUUAUCAGUGGCCACCAGUUUUGGUUGAAUAAUCGCUCUUCAGUUAGCAUGUAAAAACAAAGGUACAUGCUGCUGUUUACCUCCAUUCCAUUAUUUAGCUUGACCACAAAAGUAAAGUAUCACUCUUUAAAACUGAUAAAAACCAUUGGAAUGUCAAGGUUUGUCAGCUUUAGCUGACACUUCCUUAAGGUCUUUUACCAUGACCAGAUUGAAUAUACUACCAUGUGUGUGUAGUUUGUUUUUUCUUAAAUAUUUACGAACAAUAAAACUCAUUGAUUUGUUUGUCGUAAUAAUAUAACU